AUGGAGGGGGUGGUGUCAGAGCAAGAGUAUGGCACAGGGAGCAUUGGGGGCGCGCCGCGGGACGGUUCGAUGUCCCAGACUGCCACCGAUGAACAGCAGCAGCAGCAGCAGCAAAGUGAGGACGACCUCGUGCAUGAGGUGCUGGCGAUGAAUACACUCGCCAUGCAGCGAUGCAAUGCAGAAAUGCUAGAGGAUGCCGGCACAAUUCUUAGCGAGGCGUACAUGAAACUUCACAACUACAACACAAACGGCGAUCAGCGGCUUGUGGACACAUUGCGCUCCACCACACUUAACAACCUCGGCGUCGUGGAGUGCCACCGCGGGCAGCAUCGGCAGGCGCUCAGCCACUUUGAGGCUGCACGGCAGCUGGAAGAGGCGUGGGGCGCGGCGUCGCCGUCAGUCGCACUUAACACCUGCGCCGCCUACAACGCACUGGGCAUGUACGACAAAGCCACCGCCGCCGCCACUGAGACAAUUGACAUGCUGCGCACGUUGGCACUCCAAGAGAAAAACGGGGACGUUCCUGCUGCCACCAUCACAAAUGACGGGAACGGCACUACAUUCCAGGGUUCCGGUAUCGCCAUUGCGAAGUCUGAUAAUAAAGCGCUAUGGGGAGCCGCGUGGCACAACAUGGCCGUCGCACAAAUAAACACGGCAAAAGGCACCAGGGACCCAACCGAGCACUCCAACGUUGUCGUCCUCUUUCAGAAUGCCAUGCGCGCAACACAAGAGCUGCUGGGCCGCGACCAUUCCAUGACAAAGUGUGUUACGGAGACGUACCGAGCGGUGCGGGAUGCGCUGCGCACACACGGCGUUUACAAGCAACACCAUCGGAUGCUCACAGCCCCGCCCCGCCCAGUGGAUCCGCGUGAUGAGGAGGAUGACAUGGAGCGGUAUCUGCAACAGUCUGGCGGCAAAUCGCGACGCCGUGCAAAGGAAAAGUACUACCGCGACCUCACCAUCACAUUCUUCGGGGAGGCGACGAACGGUGUGAAACUGACGGAGCGGCUUGACCCGACGCCGUACCCUGGCGCGAAGGAUGUCGUUUUCCGCCAGAAGAAAGGAAAAAAGAUGCCGCCUGUGCUGCGUGGCAUGGCGUUAAGUGGAACUCUGCUCAAAGCGGGACAACUAUAUGGUAACCCGCAUCCACUCUUAUAUUCGUUGCCGCCCAACUACCACUCGACAACAAAUACGGCGCCAACGCUGAAGGAUGGCUUCAACACCGCGACUGAUUCUUGCGCAGAGAUGACGCCUAACACCCCUGCAGACGCAGUUUCCGGCAGAACGCCUCCCAAACGCCGCCCGGGGAAGCCCAGCCAGAAGUCGGCAUCCGCAUCUUAUCAGCAGUCAUCCUACAAGGAACAAAAAAACCAAUCGCAUCAUGAGCAGCAUCCGAAAAGUCAAAGACAAGACAACCCAAAUUACCAGCAUUCUCCGUCGAAAUACACACAAACGCAAUCACAAUACCAGCAGGCCCCGCCCAACUACCAAGAGGCUAAACCGAAUUACCCACAGGCACCCCCGGGUUACCAGCAAUCUCCAUCGGGGCAGCGAAAGGCUCCGUCCAGUUACCAGCAAACCCCAGCAAAAUACAACCACACUUCCUCUAAAUACCAGGAGUCUUCGUCGAAUUACCCUCCGACGGAUCCGGAAAGUUUUGGAGAUGUUUCAAGCAGGCAUCCAGUUCCACAAGAAGGGUCGACUACGUCCAAAACGACGUAUCCAGCGUCCACCCAGCGGGCCCCACGUCCCCCGUCAGCUCAACGACCAGGAUCAGGCCGGCGCCUUCUCCCUCCACUGAAGAAAACGUCAACGCGAGGUGACGGUGGUGUUGGGGGCACAGUAGUGGCCCCUGUGCCAGGUAGGGAAGCUGGAAGUGCUGGCUCUGGAAGACAGGCACCUCAGCUCACGUCACGCGUCUCGGUACCAACAGCGGGGCCCAUCUACGAGCAAAUUAAGUAUAUUUUGCUAGCCGAGCCUCAGGAGAACCGGCCACAACGCGGUGAAACGGGACGGGGAUCGUCGCCGGGUCCUACACGUCCUAUCUCCGCGUCGAGCAACAACACGUUACAGACAGCCGAGUGUGAGUUGUUGACGGAUGUAGACGCAGGCAAGGCACAUCCUCUCUUCAAUGCAAUGUGGGUGUCUACCAAGCCAUCUUUAGAUGCCAACACAGUUCGGACCGUAGGGAGGCCCAGCUACUACGUCACCUCUGUUGUGGACCUCACCAAGGAACAGGUUGCGCUUCCAGAGGAAGUAUUGCAGAUGAUGGUUGAAAGUAGCUCCUCCUCUAUGGAUGAUACUCCGCCCCUGAACCUCUAG